GGUGGGAACGUGAAAACGUAACACCGCAGCCGAGUGGCCGGCUGACCCCCUCUCUCUCUUUCUCUCACCGCACGACAACAACUCCUCAUACAACAACAGAAACAAACACUUUUCUUUCUUUCCUAAUCCAAUGGAACCACGCGAGCGAAUAAUAAUCACGUGCGCCUCGCAUGCCCUAAAUUUGUAUCCUCACUCCUACACCACCUUUCUCCUCUUUCCCCUCAAACAAACAAACAACAUUGCUUCCUCCAUAAUAAUACCAAACCCUCGCUUCUUCUCCGUUCCUUCCGUUUCCAUCCAUGGCGAAGAAGAGGAAAUCCAUAGCCUCCACCCUCGACGAAGUCGAUCGAACCAUGUACGCUUCGUUUUGUACCGCGGCUAAUUCUCUCUCCCAGCUUCACAUGCAUGCCGUUAAUCACCAGAAACUAUCCUUCCAAGCUGGUCAACGACAUAGCCUCGAAAAACUUUAUCAGUGGAUCCAGAGACAGCAAGAGGGUGGAUCAAGAGUUGCAACACUUGAUAUACUUAACUACAUUCAGAAUGAACUGGAUUAUUUUGGAGAGGAGCAAUCCAUUUCGCCUAGAGCAGCACCACAAUCAGCAACACAAGUUGCUAGUUCUGGCUUUACAGUAUCACCUGGUUCUUCGUGCCAAACAGUUGUUGGACAUGGACUCAGGUCGGAGCACUGUGAUAAUCAAUCCAAGAGUUUUGAGUUUUCAAAUGCUUUGCCAAGUCCUGUUCGUCGAAGUCUUCAGCAUUAUCAAGUUGGCGAGGGAGGGAGCUACCUUAGCGGCGGUCCCUCCACAGGUAAUGGAAACCAGAACACUGAAUCCAUCUUUUUUCACCAUCAAAGCAGGGACUCUACUGCAUUCAGUUCCAACGAUUCUGCCAUGGACAUGCAUGCAGACUAGUCCUGCCUAUUGGUUUAUGUACCAAAUACUUUUGUUUGACCAUCCUUUGACAUUACUUGCAAAAGAAGUAAACAACCAUUUGAAAUCUUUUAUCUGGUUUUGCUUGCGUUCUACAAGAAAUAGCAGUAAGGUGAAACCAGAUCAACUAAUCUAUUAAUAUACUAAUGGCAUCCGAGUGGUUACUUGAAUAUUAAAUGCUCUUUGUAAAGUUUUUUUUAAAGAUAGUUUAAAAGCACUUCAGUUUGUUC